AAAACAAAAUGUUACCCGGAAAAGAAGCUUCAUACAGUACACGUGAAUGUUGUUGUUCUUCACAGAUGUCAACUGCAGGCUGUAAUAAAGUGUUUGGAAAACCAUCUGAAUGUUAAAUGCUCACUAUAAAGACAGCACUUGAGUGGAGAUGGCUAGUUCUCGUCUUCAGCUGCUGAAUGUGACACUCUCCAGGACAGUCAGAGUCAUUCACAGCACAUUAGCACAGACUCAAAGAGCCUUUCACACAUCCCAGCCUGUGAUGCUCACUAAGAUCCUGUCUGUGGAUGAGAUCUUCAACAAGAAGUCUCUACAGGCCCACCUGAGGAAGAAGGAGCUGGAGUAUAACUCAUGGCUGGACUCCAUCAGCUCUGAACCUCUGCAUGAGGAUGAGGAGGAUCUGAACAUGAAGAAGACUGACCUCUCUGUACUGAGACCUCUGGUGCAGAAGAUCAGGGAGCUGCAGGAAAAACAGAAGGAGCUGGAGGACACACAGGACUUGAUGAAAGACAAUGAGCCUGAAUUACAAGAACUGGCAGAAUCAGAGGAGGACGAAUGUCUGAAGGUCAUUCAGGACCUCAAACAAAAGAUUAUAUCUCUGCUGAUCCCAGAGGAGGAAUCAGACAUGAGCGACCUGGUCCUGGAGGUCACGGCGGGGGUCGGAGGUCAAGAAGCUAUGCUCUUUACCUCAGAGAUCUUUGAUAUGUAUCAGAACUUCGCUGCUUUCCACGGCUGGGGCUUUGACAUCCUGGAGGUCAUGUCUAGUGAACUAGGGGGCGUCAGGCACGCAGCGGCCAGCAUCAGUGGUCCACUCAGCUAUAAGAAGCUCAAGUUUGAAGCUGGUGUCCAUCGUGUCCAGAGGGUCCCCAGAACGGAAAGUAAAGGUCGCAUACACACCAGCACGAUGACCGUAGCGAUACUUCCUCAGCCCACUGAGAUCUCAUUUACCAUCAACCCCAAAGAUCUGAGGAUAGAGACGAAGAGAGCGAGUGGAGCAGGAGGACAGCAUGUCAACACCACCGACAGCGCUGUGAGGAUCGUACAUCUACCCACAGGCACAGUCUCUGAAUGUCAGCAGGAACGCUCUCAGAUCAAGAACAAAGAGACCGCCAUGACACUUCUGCGAGCCAAACUCUACAGCGCACGGCUGGAGGAGGAGACCAGUAAGAGAUACCAGGCUCGAAAACUCCAGAUUGGCACCAAAGGCAGAUCAGAGAAAAUCAGGACCUAUAACUUCUCCCAGGACCGGAUCACUGAUCACCGGAUUGGAAAAACCAUUCAUGACGUUCGUGGAUUUUUACAAGGAGAGGAGCUGCUCGAGGAGAUGAUCGUGUUUUUGCAACAGUUUUCGGAGCAGGAAUCCCUCCUGGACAUUCUCAGAGACAGUGAUCAGGAUCAGUAGUUAUUUGUGCCAAUAAAGAAAUGUGUAAAAGUU